GUUGCUUUCCUUUACAAAUUUUUCUCCAAAGGUAAGCUGCGGGCCCUUGGCCACAGAUGAAAAAUGAACAGGCAAAAAGCAGAGAAGAAUAAGAAAGAGAGAACAGAGAGGAAUCUGAGAGAACCUACUACUAGUGCCCUAGCCAUAGAAGAAGAAAUCAGAGGAGGGGAUGCAAUCAGAGAAGUCGCCCAAAAUCAUGGUGGCUGUUAAUAAUUCCAUUAGAAAUCAACAAAAGCUUCAAUUACUUCUCCUCUGCUGUCUCCAACGAAAAACAUGAAAGUCCAUUUUUGUCCUUUCUUUGUCUUUCAUUUUUUAUUCGAUAAGCUCAUCUAAAUUUGCUUACAGGUGGUUUCGGAUCCAAAGCCUCCACGAGCUCUAGAUCUUGCCUCUCCUCUUGAAACCCUAACCCUAGAAUCUGUUUUAUCUUUUAUCAAAUUUUUGGCAGGACAAGUUCAGGAUCUUCCUUUAAAGCUGGGAUUGAACCCCAGAUACUGUUUUUUCUUGAUCAAUCUUGUUCAAGCUUGGUUUUCCAUUUUGGUUUGGUUUGGUUUGGGGUGGUCCAGCAAAAGAUGUCUCGGUACUUUCCGUAUCCUCUUCCAGGGUACGUGAAGAACGACAUCCGUGAUGAGGCACUAAUUGAAUCUGUUAAGGUUUGUUGAGCAUCCAUGGCUCCAAUGCUAUGUUGAGUUUUAAGCGUUUUUGCUCGACUACUUUAUUCGGUUGCCAAAUAGCUUGCUUUAGAUUGUGAUCUACCCUAAACAUAAGAAAAGAGUGCCGGGUGUUAAAGAUCGGGAAGCUAAUGGAUGGGAUUGGAAAUGGUUUUUGAAGUUGGAAUUUCAUGCUUCAAUUGGGUAUUAAGAUGAAUUAUUAUGUGAAACUUGAAAUUUUAUGUUUCAAAACUGUUUGGGUAAUGGGUUUUUGAGAC